CUUGUUACGUGUUAGAGAGUGUAAGGAUAUCUAAACUUUGUCUAUCUGUUGAAAUAUCUGUGUGUGUUAUUCAGCUGCCUACCUUUGGACCAUAGCUGUGUCUUUACAGUUUCCUUGUGUUUCGACCGCUGGACUUUGUUCCCGUAUCUUGAGCUCUAUCCUGAUGCACUCACAUGCUGGAUUACUUGUUUUUACGAGCUUCACCUGCAUCACUGCAAGUAAAAACAAAUCUGUUCCAGCUCUGAUCCACUCCUGAGAUUUUAUUUACAUCAGCUGGUGCCGUCUGCACUUCCUGGAGUCAGUCUCCAUACAGGAGAAACAGUGUACGAGUGGAUAUCUUUUUUUAAACUUGUUUUUAUGAAUGACUGUUUAGUCAACACAUCUACUCUCUGUAACUGACUGGAGUUCACCUUUGGAAACUUUGCCAACUGAGACCACUUGAACUGUGACUUUGACUGUGACUGUGAGUGUGUGUGGGCCAGCCCUAGUGGCUGUAUACCUGGGCAAGAUGAUGGAGGAGGUGUCCAUCACGAUGGCGUAUGACGCUCACACUGUGGACCAGAUGAGCGAGGAAGAGAUCCUGGCCUGUCUGGUUGCAGAAUCACCUGCACCUGCAUCCACAGUUCCAACAAAGAGACCGAAAUUGAGGGAAAGCCAACUUAAAGCACUGGAAGGAGAAGAGGACCCCUUAGACAAAUACCAGCGGGAGAACCGGCAGCUUCAGCAGGCCAGCUUGCUUCUGGAGCAGGAGAAUGACAACCUGGCAAACAAGCUGGUCACCAGCAAGAUUGCCUUGAGGAACGCCCUGGACCAGGCAGAGGACCGAGUGGACGAACUGACGAAAGAGCUUUUGCAGACCAGACAUCGUCUCCAGGCCACAGAGGAGGAGAAGAGAGGCAAGGAGGAGGAGGCUGCAAUGUUGAAGGAAGUGUUUCGGAGGGAGCUGGAGAAAGCUGGACAGGAAGUCAAGAGGUCAUCGGGCAUCAUUGCAGACUACAAACAGAUCUGCUCUCAGCUGACGAGCCGUCUGGAGAGACAGCAGGCCGCCCACAGAGAGGAGCUAGAGGCGCUCAAGAGUGCAGUGAAGGCUUGCUCCCGCUGUUGGCAUGUUGUAGAGCCGGAGGAACGAUCCAGCACAGUGCAUGAGUCUGCAGGGACAGCACCAGCAGAGGGUUAUGGAACCACUGGACCAAGACAGGAUGAGCACGUUGCAGGUCCCAGAGAGGCAAACCAGAGGAGGGAUCGGGAGAGGGAGUCGCUCGGCGCCGAGGUCAGGCAGCUGGAACGGGAGCUGGCUCAGACCAAACUCCAGAUGGUGGAGGCCAAGUGCAAAAUCCAGGAACUGGAGCACCAGAGGGGGAUUCUGGCCAGUGAUCUCCAGGCAGCCAAGAACAGCUGGUUCAGCAAGGCUUUCACUUCCCUGCGGACGUCCAGUGGGGGUCUACACACUAUUAACAUACACAAAAAUGGAGCUCCCAUGACGGGCUGGACCCUCCAGAGCGGCCCCCUCUCUGGAUGGAGUACCAAGAGACUAUCGUGGGCUCACAGAGACAGUGGAGGAAACGUCUGAUAUCUCAGGCUGACUUUACACAGGCACUGAUCUGAUAUUGUCAUGGCUGCCUUAAUAGGCAUUAAAUACAUAAAUGCAGAUUGUUCAUCUGUUAAGGAAGGAAUGAACAUCAGAUCUGUCUACUGAAAAAUGUUAUAAAGUUAUGUUAAAAAUAUGUGUAUAGCUGCUAUUCCUUAUUUUGUGCACUAGAGGGCAGUCACACAGUAAAAGUGUAAUGUAAAGCCGAUUUCCAUUGUACUGAAACCAGUUUUACUCUUAAAGCUCAUAACUGUUUUACUGGUGACUUGAUGGUGUGCUUACUUUUCAUACGCAGUCCAUCUACCAUUUGUAGUGUGUGUAAUGUGUUGUAAAUGCAUGUAAAUACAAUA